GACUAGUCACUUGCGUUAUCAUGUGACUUGGUCAUGUAAAUAUGGCGUCCAGGCAAAACAAGACGUUUGCUGUUGGAAGUUUUACAAAGGUUUUAAAUGUUUUAGCAGUUUUAUCCAGUUUGUGUUUUAUCUGUGCGUCUGUUCGAGCUGAAAUACGAACCGCUGUUAUUGACAAGCAAACCAGACAGCUGACUGUCAUUGAGGGAUAUCGUGAAGAUUUUGUGGCUUGGGCGAACUUCACUGAUGACAUUAAAACAUCGGGCUGGUCUUUCUUGGAGAUCACUACCAGCAGUCAGUACAAUGAUAGUAUCCAGUCUUAUGCUGCCGGUGCAGUGGAGGCUGCUGUCACAUCUCAGCUCAUCUAUAAGCACUGGAUGAACACCCUAAUGAAUUACUGUGGGCCCUUCUCUUCUGAAUCUGGUUACUGCGAGCGCCUUAAGGCGUUCAUCACAACCAAUCUGCAGUGGAUUCAGGAGCAAAUAGAGAAGCAGCCUAGUUCGCCCUACUGGUACCAGGUGCAUCUGGCACUGCUGCAGCUGAAAGGUCUGGAGGACAGCUUCAAUGACGAGCUGUCAUUUCCAAUCGGCUCGUUCUCCUUAAACCCACUUGGCUUCCUACUUUUCCAAAUGGGCGGGGAUCUGGAGGACUUGGAAUCGGCUCUUGACAAAUCCGACCAAACUCGACCGCUUGGAUCUGGCUCCUGUUCUGCUCUCAUCAAGCUGCUGCCAAACAAUAAGGAGUUGCUGGUUUCACAUGAUACCUGGAACACCUACCAGUCCAUGCUGCGCAUCAUGAAGAAAUAUAUGUUUGCCUUUAGAGUUUCUCCUUUAGGAGAGGAUCUUCUUCCUGGAGGAACUCAGGCGUUCUCCUCUUAUCCUGGAUCGAUCUUCUCUGGAGAUGACUUUUAUAUCCUAAGUAGUGGCUUGGUUACCUUGGAAACUACCAUUGGCAACAGUAACCCUGCUCUCUGGAAGUUUGUUCAGCCCAAAGGAACCGUCAUGGAGUGGUUGAGGAACAUUGUGGCUAAUCGACUAGCUGCUACAGGCAAGGAGUGGGCUGAGAUAUUCAGCAAGUACAACAGUGGAACGUAUAACAACCAGUGGAUGAUUGUGGACUAUAACCACUUUACUCCAGGGAAGACUGACAUUAAAGAGGAGCUCUUUGUUGUACUGGAGCAGAUUCCGGGACUAGUUGUUUACACUGAUAAAACUCAGGAACUGCUGGAGAAAGGGUACUGGGCAAGUUACAACAUACCGUACUACCCGGACAUAUUUAAUGCCAGUGGCUGCAAUGAGCUGGUUGAGAAGUUUGGCCCGUGGUUCUCUCUGGACCAGAAUCCUCGGGCUCAGAUAUUUAGGAGAAACCAGACAGCUGUCACAGAUGUGGACUCAAUGGUCCGCCUUAUGAGGUAUAACAACUUUAAGGAAGACCCAUUGUCAAAGUGUGAAGGAUGUAAUCCACCUGCGAAUGGAGAGAAUGCUAUCUCAGCCCGUUCAGACCUGAACCCAGCUAAUGGAACAUAUCCGUUUGGUGCCUUAAGGCAGAGGUCACAUGGAGGAACAGACAUGAAGUUGACCUCCUAUGAGAUGUUUCGUGACUAUGGUAUGCUGGCAGUAAACGGACCGACAUGGGACCAGGUGCCACCCUUCCAGUGGAGCACCUCCCCUUACAAAGACCUGAUACACAUGGGCCACCCUGAUACUUGGGAAUUCAAGCCUAUAAAAGUCAUCUGGACUCCUUAAUUGUUAUUAUGCUGUAUAUACAAGUGGCAUGAUCAAUGUCAAUACUGCCAGCUGUUUGAAGUUUUGACAAAGGGAAAUGAUUUGUGUGCGUGAUUCACUGUGACAUGACUUUUAUGAACAAAAUAGUCAUGUUAUUGAUUCUCAGGAGAGUGGCAAUAAUAUUCAGGAAGUAUAGCAGUUUUACAAUAAUGCACUAUUUGCAGUUAAAGACAGCUUUGAAUGUGAGGCAAUAUAAACAACAACUUCACAACC